GAGUCUAUGAUAUAGUUUGAUACCUUGCAGCAAAAGAAACAAGAGAGAUUUUGAAUUUUUGCAUAUUAUAUACACGCUAAAAUAAUAAUUUAAAUAAUGCAAAAUGUAUUGAAAAAAGAAAUAAAAAGAAAAGUUUUUAAUCAAAUUCUUUUGUAAUCGACAUGUCUGUCUCUCAUGUCGACUUCAUAAGUGGAUCGACGCAGCGAGAUAAAACCGAGCAGGAUUUCAGUCUUUGCUACGCAUAUCCGGUGAUCGAUGACGAUCGUAAAACAAGCGAGGUGCUCGCGAAAAAUAAAGGUACUUUACGAGUGUCGUACGAUAGAAAUUCAUCGGCAACGGAGGAUGGAUUGUACGUGUCCGAGAAUCCUCUUACCAACAAGCUAAUCAAGCCGUAUCAGCUCGAUGACGUGAAACAGCUGGAUUACGAGUCGCGACCGCGAUUUUGCGGCAAACUCGUGGAAAUCGCGAUACGGGAGAUUCGGAUUGAUUCGCCGCGCGAGUCAGAUCGAUCGAGUAACGCGGCAACAAUCGAGAUUGUCUCGGUAUCGAUUUUGUUCAAGGGGAGACCUAUAUGCAAGGCGAACGGCCCGUUCAACAGGAAACUGUACAAGCUGAUGAUCCGAGAUUCCGAGUGCCACGAUCUCUCGAUACAAGUGCACUCGCGACACGAGAAAUCCAGUAUUCUUCCAUUGCCGUUGCCCCAACGUUCCAACGUGAAGGACCACGUGGUGGACAUCGACUUCGCGAUCGGCAACGGCUCGCAAAGGAUACACGCUGGAAUUGUCGCCUGCACUAUUUCCCUGUCGACAUACGGCGGUGACGAAGCGCAAAAGAGUGAAACAGUCGGCUGUUGUCUUUACAGACCCAGCAACGAUCCGAACGAUCCUCAAAACGGCCUCUCUCUAUUAAGACCUCAGAGGAGACGUCCCGCUGACCGAAGGAACGUCAAGUAUUUUUUGCUCGAGGGUCCGGCUUUGAUCUUCGAUACCUCCGACGUUAGCACGACGACUCGUAAAACAUCGCCGGAAUCCAAGUCACUAGACAUUGUCGUCACCGAGCAGCCGGCAUUCGCUUUAUUGGACGUGUCCUUUAAGAACCUCUUUCGCGCUAAUCGACCGCUCAGACCGUCGUCCAGCGCUCAGCGCAGCAGGCAUCGCAACGUGGGGAGAGCAAUCCUAACUGUUAACGUGCUACGAGGGGUGGAAGUGCCAGUGAGGGAGGAAUCGGCCCUCGUCUCUCCGUUGUUGGAGGUCGAAUGGGGUAACGUUGCGCGCACGACCUCGAUCGCCGAUGGACCGGCACCUAUCUGGCAGCAAACCCUGCACUUCGAGCUACCCAGACAGAACACCGGGGAGCACUGCGUCAAGUUUCGCCUGUUCGAUCAGCAUCCGGUCUGGGGUCAACAGUGGCUGGGCGAGGCGAGAAUUCCUCUCGAACGGCACAGAAAUUAUCAGGAACUCGAGCGUUGGAUCGCACUCUCGCCUCUCUUCAGUCCGGUGUUGCUGUUCGGCUACGCGCAAGCCAGCCCCGGACAAUCGCACACCAGAAUCUACGUGCUGAUGAGACUCGAGCAGCCCGGAAACUCCAUGGAAGCUAACACCAUCGACACUCUGUCCAAGGCCGUUCAACGUUGCUUGGCUCAUCCUUAUAAAAUACUCAGCAUAGAAACUCCCGACGAUGCCGCCCGGUUUGUCAUGCUUCUGUCAUCGCUAUCCAUUCAUUACGGCCCGGUCACACCUCGCCAGGCUUUGAACGUGAAUAAGGUCGAUCACUAUGGCAGAGCGGCUUUGUUAGCGACCUUGCUGCAAGGUUUCGACUUGCACUCAUACGUACUGUUAGGUUCUUCACAAAUAAGUAAAUGGACCGCGUUUGUUUUAACUAUCAAGGAGGAUGAUGUUAUUUUAUGGGAUCCCGAAAUCGGAGAACAUUAUAAAUUAAGCGACAGCCGUUGUUCAUUGAUGAAGGUGUCCCGCUUAAUUAAUCACUCUGGUAUAUGGGAAAACACGCAGAGAUCUAUUCUUCCUCACAAUCUGAAAUACAAUGUGACGCUCGGCAAAGAUUGGCGACCGCUUGUGUCUGUCGCUACCUCAUCGAGCAGUAAUCGACCCGUUCAGACAUUGGAAUUGGCUGUCACGGCCGAGGACGGUGCUCAAGAAAAGGAAAGCGAGUCGCAAAUGGAGCAAUAUUUGCGAGACAAAUUGUCGGCUUUGCGUAGCUCUCUCGGUUUAACAACAAUAUUUAAUCGUCACGCCGUGAGCGUUUUGCGCGGCUUCAUCUCCGACAUUCCGAACGACAUGAAAUACCAAUUAGACAAGCGGGAUCUGAAACAGUUAUUCAGAGCCUAUCAUACGCAUGGUUUUGUCUUAAAUCUGCGCCAGACUACCCUUGAGGAAUUGGCGGAACAGAUAACCACCACCAAAGUCCAUGAUAUUACGGGUCCCGUCGAAUUUGCUCUUGUUUGCCACAUACAACGAUAUGUCGACAAAAUAUGCUCGAUAUGGAUAGCUUUAGCGAUUUUACGAGCUCGUUAAUUUAUUAUUGAUUUUUGUUACGACAUUAUCAUCUUUUCUUUCGUCAGUUUACCAUACAUGCAAAGAAAAUAUUUAAGAUAUCUUCAAGUAAAAGAAAUAAAUAAGCUUAUA